CACGUCAAAUAUUAAUUUUAGGUUAGAGUUUUUAGUUUAAUCUGCCAAAUAAGAGGAAAAUUCUAAAGAUAUCCAAUUAUUAUUAAAAAAAUGGAAGGACAUAAACCUGUAGUAAUAGAUAACGGAUCAGGAAUCAUUAAAGCUGGUUUUGCUUCUGAUUCAUCUCCCAAAACUGUUAUACUAAACAGUGUUGGUCGACUAAAAAUUGGUGACCCUAAGAAAGAUAUAGUAAUUGGACCUAAUAAUGAGUUAAAUAAAUUAUCCAUAACUUAUCCCAUGGGGCAUGGGGUGAUUGAAAAUUGGGAUGAUAUGGAAAAAGUUUGGAACUAUAUCUAUGAUAAAAACCAACUUUCUGCGUUCCCGGAAGAACAUGCUCUUUUAUUAACUGAGACUGCUUUUAAUCCAAGAAGUAAUCGUGACAAAAUCUUGGAGAUUUUUUAUGAAAAAUAUAAAGUGCCUGCUUUAACUAUUUCUUUACAAGGUAUUUUAAGCUUAUAUUCCACCGGGCGUACAACCGGAAUUGUUUUGGAUGUCGGAGACACUGUUAGUCAUGUUUUACCAAUUUGUAAAGGUUUUGCAAUGCCAUUUGGUGUAAAACGCAUGGACAUUGGUGGAAGAGACAUCACAAAAUACCUCAAAUUAUUAUUAAAAAAAGAAGGGGUUAAUUUCACGACUUCAAGUGAAUUAGAAAUAAUUAAAAACAUAAAAGAAACAAUUUGUUAUAUUUCCGAGAAUCCGAUAAACGAAGAAGAAGUCAUUAAAUUAGACCGUGUGAUUUACAAAUUACCCGACGGGAAAAAUAUAUCCGUUGGAACAUCAAGAAUUCGAGCUCCUGAAACUUUAUUUACACCUUCUUUAAUUGGCGUUGAGUAUUCAGGAAUCCACGAAAUGUUGAAUGAAAGUAUUCAAAAUUGUGAUUUGGAUUUGCGAAGGAUUUUAACUCAAAAUAUCGUUAUUUCCGGAGGAUCAACUUUGUUUAAAGGGUUCGGAAAACGUUUGUUUAUUGAAAUGAAAAAUUUAUGCCCGCAAGAUGUUCAAAUUAAAAUAAAUUCACCGAAAGAAAGGUUGUAUUCGGCGUGGAUUGGCGGGUCUAUUUUGGCUUCAAUGUCUACGUUUAAAGAUUUAUGCGUUACGAGGGAAGAAUACGAGGAGAAUGGGAAAUAUUUUUUUAAUAAAAAGCAUUCUGCAGCUUUGCUAGAUCAGUAUUAUAAUAAUAUUAAAGCUUGAAUUAACUUAUUUUUUUUUAUAAGCUGAAUUUAAAAUAAAUUAUUUGAAAUUUA